CACACACACACAGCGUGCAAGAGAAAGUCUUAAUUGCCACAGUCUCUAUUUUUACAACAAUCCGGCCGCGCUCACACAGUGCGGGUUUUGACUCCAAGCCAGGUCCUUCCAUAAUUAGUUUCCACUGUGGAGAGUCAUCGCCAAAACAUGAAGAUGAGAAGAAGUUAAGUUCAGGUGUGUUUAUUUCAAGCGUUAACAGCCUUCUCGAAAUGGAAGAGACGUGACAAUUUUCUUCACUUUUCUUUUAUUGCAGGGAACAGUGAAAUAUUGAUACGUCACACAGAUGUCCAAAUGCUUAAACAGUUUUUCAGGAUGCACAAUGAUCUGAAAAGGCCAUUACGCUGCAGAAUAACACGCAAAUUUCAAACUCGUCCACGACACAUGAGAAAUGCGCCACUGGGCCCUGUGUAUCUCUCUGUCCAUUUGCACAUCGUAUUUCCUUGAUAUACAUAGUCUCUAUAAAUAUCACAUUCACAUUAAGCCUGUGCUCUUCAAAUCUCAGUCUUGCACACACUGCGGGCAGAUCUGUUAAGAGGCAGAUAACGUGCGCUAUGCGCUUUGCGUAAAGCAAUACUGUAGUCAGUUGGAUAUCACCACCAGUGUCUCCUACAACAUUUAUUCCUGUUAGAAUGUCUUGGGGUGCAAGUAAAUGGUACUAAUAAUAUAGACGAUGGCCUCAUGUUGGUGCGUUUCCAACAUUCAAGCGCAAACAGUAAGCUCGUUUGUAUUUGGGCUGAAAUAUAGCUAUCAAAUAUAAUGCAGCCAGGCCUGGUGCAUGGGGUUCUUCUUUAAUGUCUGCAAAAUCUUUAUGAACACGUCAAUGUGUAAUACAAUGCUGGUAUAAAAUGCACUAAGCAGAGCUAUUUGUAGGGCUACAAUGUUUUAAUAACACCGUGUUAAUUAAAUGGGCCUAUCUGCAUGGAAUCAGGAGUUAAAGAUAUGACAUUAAUUCACUAAAGUAUCACUGAAAACGUCGAGCGCAUGCAACAUGUAGGCUAUCAGCAGGGAAAAGUUGAAGCAAAUAGGGAAAACAGUGUAAUACCUUUGGCAUAAUUCGUCCUUAUAUCAACUUUUUCCCCAACUGCAUUAACAAGCUCUUAUGUGGCCUGCGACUUCAGCCGGAGAGCAAUUCACACAUUAUCACGAUAAAACUUUAUUCACAGUACUACUACUCGAUAGGUGGCUCAUUUCAUUAUCCUUGUCCGAUUGGGUAAAUAGUCCAGAUAGAAUUAACUUUACCAUUUCCCUAUCUUGAACUUGAAUGGAUCCAACAAGCUUACUCAAGAAUACAUUGGAUUGAAAUGCAAAUUGCUUACAUUUUAUGUUAACAGAAUAUCUAUCAUCCCAGAAGAUGCGUUUUAUUUUGGUUUAUCCUAGUUUAUGCAAUAGGCAAAAUGGAGAAUUAUCCACUCCCUUUUGUCCUGGCAUAGAAUCAAUUUCAAGUCCGUGUUCUAGAUGUCGCUGUUGACCACGUCUGCAGAUCCGAAUCAUGUGUCAAGGAGUCCACGUGAUGGGAAAGGAGGCUGCGUCUCAAGGCCAUUUUCAAAUUUCAUUGGUGAGAUUGUCAUGUGGUGGUGGAGAAGCACCCAGAGUUACGCCAAGGAUUGUUUUGCUAGAUAUGUCAGCUUACAAAGGACACCUCUCUGCUCUUUAAAAAAUCCUCUCCAAAAAUGUCAUUUCCCAAUAGCUCUCCUGUUGCUAAUACGUUUUUGGUUGAUUCGUUGAUUGGGGCUUGCAGGACAGACAGUUUUUAUUCAAACGGCAACAUGUAUAUGCCCAGCAGUACAGAAAUGGGAACUUAUGGAAUGCAAACCUGUGGACUUCUGCCGUCUCUCGGCAAACGAGGGGAAGUAAGCCACCAAAAUCUGGGCAUGAACGUCCAUUCCUACAUACCUCAAAUUGAUAACUGGGCAGAUCCGAGUAGGUCUUGCCGAAUAGAGCAGCCGCCCAACCAGAUGCCCACUUGCACGUUUUCACAAAACAUAAAAGAAGAAAGUAACUGCUGUAUGUACGACAAGAGAGCAAAGGACAGUUCGGCUGAGAUUCCCGGCUAUUCGAGUAUGAUUCCAGAGUCCUGCUCCGUCGAAGGUCCAGAAAUCCCGGUCCCUGGCUAUUUUAGACUGAGCCAAACUUACGCGACUGGGAAAAGACCGGAAUACUGCCACGAGACGACGAGCCCCAACACGACGACACUGGUGCAAUUAAACAGAGUGAUCCCGAAGUCGCAACCGCCAACCUCUUUUGUAGACAUUGAGAAGAAAUGCCCCGAAACUCCUCACAGCCGGGAGGCAAGACGGACACCUACCCCAGUGGAGAGCCCGGAUCCGAAGUCACAGGAGGAGAAGAAUUGCUCUACUGAAGCCUCUGCCUCCAGCCCAGAAUUGCCACAGAAGGAAGCGAAAGACGGCAAAACCGACGCGCCAACGAGCAACUGGCUAACUGCAAAAAGUGGGCGAAAAAAGAGAUGUCCCUACACGAAGCAUCAAACCCUGGAAUUAGAAAAGGAGUUUUUAUUCAACAUGUACCUGACUCGAGAGCGCCGCCUAGAGAUCAGCAAAAGUGUCAACCUUACUGAUAGACAAGUCAAGAUUUGGUUCCAAAACCGGAGGAUGAAGCUGAAAAAGAUGAGCAGGGAAAACCGAAUCCGAGAACUGACCUCAAACCUCACUUUCUCCUGAGCAUGUAGACUAGAUGAAUGUUUGUUUCAGAAACCUCUUCUGGUCCUUCGAGAAGAAAAGGACUGUCUGGAGACCAUUGGACAUUGUUUCUAGUUUUAUUUUCCACUUUGCGAUACUGUGAUUGUUGCUAUUUCAUUUUAAUUGUACUUUUUGGUGGUAUUCUGAACGUGAAGCAUUGUGUAAUUUAAAUAUAUUUCACAGGGUAACUAACCUAAAUGUGGUUUAGAUGGUUAAAUUAUGGAAAAUGACAGAAAAAAAAAUCAUCCGAAGAGUUUUGUUUUGAUAGGGGCAUAUCGUCGCACGUAUCCUGUUGCUUUAAACUCCCAUUAUUGGUUUUGAACAUAGAAGCACAUCUACUGUUUGUUAGUAAUGGUAAGCGUCAUUUCUCGAUACAUUUGGAUAUAUAUAGGUCUACGUUUCUUCUUACCACGGCACUGUAGAAGUUCCUGUAUACAUUGUGGUAGCCUAUCCAAUAUUUAAAAUGUGCGUGUAACUCCCAAUGCAUGUUUGUGGCAUGUUCUAGUAAUAAAUUGAUUCUGUCAAAAUAUUUGUC